AUGACAUAUAUCUUAAAACGAGCUGGCAUGACAGACUGUAAACCUUUAGCCACUCCUAUAUCUGUUUCAAAACCCACUACUGUCUCCAAUGCUGCUUUAUAUGAUGAUGCCACACAGUAUAGAAGUCUGGUCGGUGCUUUACAAUAUCAUACAGUUACCCACCCAGAUUUGUCCUUUGUAAUGAAUCAGAUGUGUCAGCGCAUGCAUGCGCAUACAGUCUCACAUUGGGAGCAGUUGAAACGCGUUCUAAGGUAUGUAAAGGGAACUAUCACUUCUGGUUUGCGGAUUCGGCAAUCAGUAUCCAGAGAAUUACAUGCUUUCUCAGAUUCUGAUUGGACUAGUUGUCCUGAAGAUCAUAAAUCAACUAGUGAGAAACAACGAACUGUUGCUAGAUCAUCUACUAAAGCUGAAUAUAAAGCUUUACCAGUUGUCUGUGCUGAGGUCAUUUAG